UUAGUGCAGACUAUCGUCGUCGUCAAGAGCCAAAAAAGCCCCAAAUCUGAAGAACCCUAAUUCGAAAAAGCUCUCGCUUUUUAAUCUCUCGAAUCAAUCAGUUCAAUCACUAACAUGAAAGGAACGAAACGUUUUGCCGCAUCGGGUUCGAAUUCGGACUACCCUGUUUUUCAGAGUAAAAGAAUAGUGGUAGGAUCUGCAUUCGAUGGUCAGAGGGCUGAACCAUUAAUGGAGAUUGCAUCUCCGCCGUUGCACAAGGAAAGAGCCGAGUCAUCUAGGCAGCAUGUGAGAGCUCUCAAUACCCAAUUUGCAAGUUGGGUCCAAACACAAUUACGGGAUAAUCCAGAUGAACUGUGGGAAGAUGGAGUUCAAGACUACCUUUCGCACGCUUCCAAUAUUAUGGAAAAAUUUAGUGAUGUCGUCAAUUGGCUUAAAGCAAAUGCUACAAAAGGGGAGAGUCUGCCAGCACUAGUUUCUCAACCUGCUCAAAAUAAAUUGGUGUCCGAGAUUAAGGGUAACGAGAUAAAAUCUUUCCCAGAAAAUACUGGGAUUGUUUCAGCUGCUACAACUGCAAGCUUUGCACCUUCAUGGAGCUCUGGAGUUCUCUUUACCACUGAAGCAGCACAAGCCUCCUUUUCUUUUGGAAGCCAAAGUUCAGUUCCACUAAAUCAGAAUGCUUCAAGUGAUGUGGAUGGUGAAGGUGACGUGGAACAGCCUAGCAGCCCAUCCGUGAAAAAGACUGAAGAGAAGGGUGUAAUUGUUGUACACGAAGUCAAAUGCAAGCUUUAUGUGAAGUCAAGUGAUCCUGCAGAUAAAGAUACGUGGAAAGAUAAAGGUGCUGGUCAGCUUUCCAUUAAAUGUAAAGAGGGUGUCAGCAAGGGUACCAGAGAAUCCAAACCAACGAUUGUUGUUCGAAAUGAUGUGGGAAAAGUGUUGCUCAAUGCGUUAUUAUAUCCAGGCAUCAAGACAAAUGUGCAGAAAAAUUCCAUUGUUGCAAUAUUCCAUACCUCGGGUGAUGGAGGAAACAAUGAUGCUGUCGUUGCCCGGACCUUCUUGAUGAGGACAAAGAGUGAGGAGGAUAGGAAUAAACUGGCAGCAGCAAUUCAGGAAUACGCUCCUGCAACUUGAAAAUACUCAGAAAGCGGCGAUCUCAUAUUACUCCUUCCUUGAGCCCCAUCACCUUAUGAUCCAUCAACUGCUGUAAGUGGUUGGAUGGAACCAUCCAUUUUCUGCAAAAACCAAUCUUAAAGAACAUAUAGAGGGUGGUUUAUUUGCAACUGAACCAGCCAUUUUUCGGGCCCAAAUAAUCUUGGGGUGGGAUGGAUAUCCUCCAUAGGUUGAGGAAAUUCUCACGUAUAAAAGGGCUAAUGUACGUGUAUGAUACAGAGAAAAGUGAAAGUGAAAGUUUGAUUAUCCACCAUGGUCCUACACUCUAUUUUUAUUGUUUUGUCAGGCUUGCGCCGACUAUUCUCUCAAAUUCAGCGAUUGAUGACUGUGGUUUAAGCUAGGUUACGUUGUAACUCUCAUUAUAAAAUGUGGCAUUAUUUCACAUGUUUUAUGAUCUUCCCCCUCUUUCCAAUGUUUGUCAGGUACAUUUGUAUAUCCAGUGUCUGAG